AUGAACCGCGACGACGAAAACGAAUUCAUUGACAUUGACGACGACGACAAUAUCUCCAAUGAACCUUCAACGAUACCCACCGAUCAGACACUCACGACCAUAUCUUCAGAAUCGGUUGAUCCACCAUUGCACUUCCAUAAUGAUAUGGACGAUCGAUCGCGAGAGCUGAUUGAACAAAUGCUUGCCGAGGAACAGUAUUAUUACGGCAACGAUACGCUAGCGACCAUGUCUUCUCCAAGCAAACGUAAAAAGCAGCCAUCAAAGAAACCAAAGCCUGAAGCAAGAUCAUCCGCAUCACUUCCAUCACACAAAACACGUUGGGCUGCCGAUGAAGAUGAACGAUUACGUGAGGCAAUAAACACACAUGGCCAUGGAAAUUGGAAGGCAAUUGCCAACGAUGUCAAGACUCGAAAUCCUUUACAGUGCAAGAAUCGAGCAAGGCAUUGGACGGCAUCUGACAACAAGGCAUCCAAAGUCGAGUCGACAAAGAGCCAAGAUACCACCAUCCCAGAAACCGUCAUUGAACAUUCUCCAAAUAAUGAUACUGCACCCAGAUUGGAGACAACGCCAUCAACGCCACUUAAUACGGAUAACGUCGUCAUGGAUGAGGACGAUGAGGAUAUAUCUAUUACUGAAGGAUCGGAUGAUGAUCAAGAGGUGCCAGACAUUCAUUUUACCGAAGAACAAGAGGAUGUGGAAGUGAAGAAGGAGGAAGAGGAAGAGAAGAUCGAUACCAUGGAUGAGAAGGAUGUCAUUGCGGAGACAACAGAGGAAAGGGAUUCGACUCCAGAAAAGGAGGAGGUUUUUUCCAGCAAAACAGACGACAAUUCAAUUGAGGAUCAUACCACAACAUUGAAAGAGGAAGAGGAUCCGCAUCCAAUAGCGACCGCUACGAUACCACUGGAUCCUGAUGAGCCAAAGGAGGUUGACAUCAAAAUGGAGGAAAGCGAGAUAAUGGAUCAACAUCAGGAUGAUUCUGAAACGCAAUUUGACAGAUACGUUAUCGGGGAAGAUGAGAAAGCCAACAAUCCAGAAUGGUUCAAGAACAAGGCAUCAAAGACACCUGAUCGCUAUCUUAAGAUUCGCAAUCAUUUACUCGAUGGAUGGAAGGCUUGUCGACCUCGCUAUCUGACCAAAACAUCAGCACGAAAGGGCCUUAAGGAUUGUGGUGAUGUGAAUGCGAUUGGACGUGUACACGAGUAUUUGGAAAGCGUGGGAGCCAUCAAUGUCGGUUGUAUCAACAAUGCACCACGACCACCCAAGCGAAUAGCUCAAAAAACAUUCGAUGAGGAUGAGGGUGAUAUGUUUGCUGCAGCAGAUUUGGUCAUUGGCUAUGAAGGGCCACGAAAACGGAAAGUUCGAAAUGAACUUGGAGAAUGGGUCGAUCCAAAAGAGCUUGAAGGACGUGUUAUUGAACAUGGGAAACCAAAAGACAUGUCACGACCUAAACGGAUAAUCAAACGACCCAAGCAUUACAACAGCGAUGAGUUUGGCCGCGGCUAUGAUCCCUUUCGUCUUGUACCAGUGGAUUACUACAGCGACGAAGAUCCUGCACCAUUCAGAGUGGAGAUAACAAGCGAUGCAUUGCUUGUGAUGGAUUUUCAUUCACAUUUGGCACAUACCGAGAUUAUUGGUUUACUUGGAGGCAACUAUGUUGUACGAGAUGGAGUGAAGCUUCUCAAGGUCCAGAGUGUAUUCCCAUGUCGUAGCACGAGUACUGGUAUUCAAUGUGAAAUGGAUCCGGAAUCUGAAAUGAGGGCACGUGAGGUCUUUGCAGAGCAAGGGUAUGGCGUUGUUGGCUGGUACCAUUCGCAUCCUACUUUUGAACCACAACCAAGUAUACGGGAUAUCGAGAAUCAGACAUCAUAUCAGACUCUCUUUCGGCAUCAGGAUACUGGAGACGAGCCAUUUAUUGGAGUGAUUGUCACACCUUACGAUCCAGACAUUGUCAGCGAUCAUUCAAUAAUACAAUAUCUACACAUCAGUCCUCGCUGGAACGAGACCAAGCAAUUUAGACUCCCAUACGCAUGUCGUCGCACUGUAAUCCAAACCGAUCAUAUAUCACCCAGUGUCAUGAAAGAAUUCGAGCACUUGAUGGAAGAGUUCAAGGAUUAUGAGCACAAAGUGGAUAUGCAUGAAAUUUUCCACGAGACCCGAACCAGGCUAGACAAGCUUUUGGAUUCAUUACGAGCAAACAUGUUUUUACCCUCGGAGGAUGUGUCUCAAUACUUGGAUCAAGUACGGCACUUGAUUACACGAUAUGACCCGCCAAUUGAAAAAGAUCAGCCAUCUCAGCAAGACAACAAUGACAACAAUCCUACUCCUAUGAACACCGCCAAUCCCCCCGAAGUAGAUACAACCACCACCACCACCAGUAAUAGCACCACCAUUUGCACCCAAUAA